UCAAAAAUGGCGGACGUCAAAGUUUGUGUUUGAGAAAGCUUUUGUCUUCUGGAUAUAUUAAGUAACAGUCUGCGAGAGCGCCGAUAAAAUUAUGCCAAUGUCAUGGAUUGCAUGGGACAAUGGAAGCGAUGGAUUCGUCCUGGUUUUAUAGCUCUCUAUUUCAUUUUAGCAAUAAUUUCUUUGCCGCUAUGUAUUAUUGAACUGAACAGCAAAGGUGCACCUACCCACGUUCAAGCAUGGUUUGCCGGUGGAAUAUUUGUGAUGUGUGCUGUGCCUAUCUCACUGUGGGGUAUUCUUCAGCAUCUUGUCAACUACACGCAACCACAUCUUCAACGACACAUAAUAAGAAUUCUUUGGAUGGUGCCAAUUUAUGCUGUAAAUGCUUGGUUUGCGUUGCGCUUCCCCAGUGCAGCCAUCUAUCUGGAUACUGUGAGGGAGUGUUAUGAAGCAUAUGUUAUCUACAACUUCAUGGCCUACUUACUGAACUACCUAUGGGAGGAACACCCACAGCUUGACCUUGUCUUGAGGAACAAGGAACAAGUCAAACACCUCUUUCCCCUCUGCUGGAUCCGCCCUUGGCCUAUGACAGGAAAAUUAAUUGAUCGUUGCAAACAUGGAGCCUUGCAGUAUACCGUGGUCAGACCUUUCACUACAAUUAUAGCAUUGAUAUGUGAAAGUUUUGACAAAUAUGAUGAGGGAGAUUUUAACUUCACGUCAGCCUGGUCCUACCUGGUCAUAAUAAACAACGUAUCCCAAAUUUGGGCGAUGUACUGUCUUGUACUGUUCUACAAGGCUAUGAAGGAAGAGUUAGCUCCAAUUAAACCAGUCCCAAAAUUCCUCUGUGUCAAAUUUGUUGUCUUCUUCUCAUUCUGGCAGUCUGUUAUCAUUGCUGCACUUGUAGCACUAAAUGCCAUCCCAUCUGGAGGAGAGUAUGUCUUCUAUGAUGAUAUCAAGCAAGUUGCUGCAGGACUACAAGAUUUCUGUAUCUGUGUGGAAAUGUUCCUGGCAGCCAUUGCUCACUACUACUCGUUCUCACACAAGCCAUUUAUAGACUCCAACUUUGAGGGACAGGGCUGGUGGCAGUCCUUCAGGUCCAUGUGGGACGUCUCCGACAUGAGGGAUGAUGUCGUGGAGCAUGUCCGAGUCAUAGGUAACAAGGUUAAAAAGACUGUAAGUAAACCCUUACUCGGUGGGAGAAGUGAGAGGACCCCACUCCUUACAGAGUCUAAAGAUAGCUACACACAAGGUAGUACUUCGUCAAUGAACAAUGAUCCCUCCGACUGGGACACAGCCUCGCUGGAGACGGCCUCUAGUCUACGACCGAACUUCAAUCCAACAGACAGCAUGAACAACUACAUUGUGUUUGGUUCCAGUUCUGAUCAUCUGGAGGCAGCACCGAAACCUGGAGAACAGAACACCAAGGAAACAAUUAAAGGUCACAAUGUUGAAGUUCAUAGGUCACCUCAUGAUACUGCUGCAGUCAGUGAUAGCUUUGCUGCGAGUGAAAAUAGUCAGAAAACUGAAGAUACUAUAACAAAGUCACAGGACAAAAAUACAGACUUUUCUACUGAUAAAUCAGAAAUAACACAGACAAACAUGUCAGCUGACCAAUGUCAGGACACACAGACAGACAUGUCAGCUGACCAAUCACAGGACACACAGACAGACAUGUCAGCUGACCAAUGUCAGGACACACAGACAGACAUGUCAGCUGACCAAUCACAGGACACACGGACAGACAUGUCAGCUGACCAAUCACAGGACACACAGACAGACAUGUCAGCUGACCAAUCACAGGACACACGGACAGACAUGUCAGCUGACCAAUCACAGGAUAUAUGGACAGGCACAUCUAAUAACCAAUCAGAAAAAGAUGUUUCACAGACUGAGAAGCAGGAGGUUUAUGACAACAGUUCUCACACUGUCAAUGCAUAAUAAAAUUGUGUUUCAGGAAUUAUGGAAAGAAAAACAGUUCAAUUUUCACAAUUCAUUUAUUCCACAUAUCCCAAAUGUUUUUAGUUUUCUUUAAAUCAGGGCCCUUACGUGUCAGAGCUCCAUUUGUCAUUUUGAGAUUUUCAUUUUGAUAAUACGUACCAUUUGCUGCGCUCAUUUCAUAGUGAUGAUUACUAUAAAGUAAGUCAGCAAGAAUUUGAACCUCCAACAAUUUGAACCUCCAAGCCCCAUAUUGCAGUACUCACAGUAUUUGUAACUUUAAAUGCAAAUUAAAAGGAUAAAGUGUUUGAAAUAUAUCUAAAAGCAUUUUAUUUCAUUUACUCUUUAAAUAAGUUUUGCAUAAAACUCUGUGAGGCAGGUACUGGUUAAUUAUCUACAAUAUGGUAUCAAUGAAACAUAUUAAAUAUAUAUAAUUUAGGCUUCUGUUACGACAGCCAAGUUAUGUUGUUAUAAACAGUCUUGGUUUAGUAUGUCGGUACAGUCUUUGUUUAGGACGGAUUCUUGUUCACAAUAAGAUACUAUCAUAUAUGGUUUUCUGUGUAACGAAGGUUGCGGAGACAUGAUUCUACUGACCAUUUUUGAAGUAAUGCGAUAUAUUAGGACAAAAGUUCUAUUGUGGACAUUGAACUUUCAUCAUAAAGGAUUAUAUCUGGUUUUAAUUUGCACAUAAAAAGAUCUUUACCGUCCUAACUGUAAAUCAUUCCUGUAGAACUGGGAAUCACUCAUUUUCUCUGAUGUGUUUAAUUCUGAUCUCUGAUUUUGGGAUCAAAAAUAUUUACGACCCAGCAGUUAAUGGUAUCUGUUUUUACUUUGUUGAACCCACCUAUGUGUUACUAAUCAAUGAGUUUUACUGUAGGUCUCUGAUUUGUAAAACCUAUUUUCAUCAGUAGAAUUGUUAAAACUUUUUAUCGUAAGUUAGCUUUACAUUAUUUUCGUUUUUUCGUUAAAAACCUCUUAAUUUGUUUUUGAUUUUUUAUCUGAUUAAGUCUGAUGAUUAAUGCUGUUUUGUGAGGAAAUCCAAUACAGAAACUGUAAAUGCUAGUCGUGGCCAAAGAACUGUAUAUAGCAUUAUCAAAAUAUAGAAUUCUGUCACUUUCUUGGUUUCAUAUGAAAUUUUAAUGAAUACUUUUUUUUAUGCAAGAUAAUUAUACAAUGGAUUCUCUGAAUGUGUAUGUGUGCGUCAAGUCCCUGUGUACGUGACAUGUUGUUUAUAUGAUCCUGUCAAAGUACCUGUCCUGUGGAAUGUAAGGUAUGUGUACAAAGUAGCCGGACCAGUCCAACGUGACAUGGACAUCAGCAUGAACGCAACUCAGCAAUUAACACCUGCACUUGCUUUGCACGCUCGUUGUGUUCCCACACCUGUCUACGUAACUUCCCUUCUGGCUUUCUAUCUCUCUACCUAUAGCUAUCAUUCCAUUGCUGGACGUCAGCGCAAGCGGUCCAGCAGCGCAAAGCACUCGCAUCGGUCAUCAAGAGAUGACCGAGUUGAAUUUGUCGCCAUAGAAGCCUGGUAAGUUGACAUAGUAGUAAUGGUGAAUGGUGUGUGGAACUCGCGUUCGAGACUGGGUGAGUGUGUUCGAUUUGGAAGACUUUGUGAGUAAAUGUUUGUCUCGUCUUUGUAGGUUUCAGGACCUCUCUGGUUUUGUUUCCACACCCCGGUGACAGUAAUGAUCAUACCUGGCUGACUACUUAAUUGGUUUCAUAUCCAAACAAUGUUUACUUGCUACAUUUUUGUUAAAAUAUUGAUAUAUACUGUGAUAUACACCUGUUAAAAUGAUGGGAUGUAAUGAGGUGUACACCUUAAAAUGUUAUGAUGUAAUGAGGUGUACACCUGUUAAAAUGAUAUGAUGUAAUGAGGUGUACACCUUAAAAUGGUAUGAUGUAAUGAGGUGUACACCUGUUAAAAUGAUGGGAUGUAAUGAGGUGUACACCUGUUAAAAUGAUGGGAUGUAAUGAGGUGUACACCUGUUAAAAUGAUGGGAUGUAAUGAGGUGUACACCUUAAAAUGGUGGGAUGUAAUGAGGUGUACACCUGUUAAAAUGAUGGGAUGUAAUGAGGUGUACACCUGUUAAAAUGAUGGGAUGUAAUGAGGUGUAUACCUGUUAAAAUGAUGGGAUGUAAUGAGGUGUACACCUGUUAAAAUGGUAUGAUGUAAUGAGGUGUACACCUUAAAAUGGUAUGAUGUAAUGAGGUGUACACCUGUUAAAAUGAUAUGAUGUAAUGAGGUGUACACCUGUUAAAAUGAUGGGAUGUAAUGAGGUGUUCACCUGUUAAAAUGAUGGGAUGUAAUGAGGUGUACACCCGUUAAAAUGAUAUGAUGUAAUGAGGUGUACACCUGUUAAAAUGAUGGGAUGUAAUGAGGUGUACACCUGUUAAAAUGAUGGGAUGUAAUGAGGUGUACACCUGUUAAAAUGGUAUGAUGUAAUGAGGUGUACACCUGUUAAAAUGAUGGGAUGUAAUGAGGUGUACACCUGUUAAAAUGAUGGGAUGUAAUGAGGUGUACACCCGUUAAAAUGAUGGGAUGUAAUGAGGUGUACACCCGUUAAAAUGAUGGGAUGUAAUGAGGUGUACACCUGUUAAAAUGGUAUGAUGUAAUGAGGUGUACACCCGUUAAAAUGAUGGGAUGUAAUGAGGUGUACACCUGUUAAAAUGAUGGGAUGUAAUGAGGUGUACACCUGUUAAAAUGAUGGGAUGUAAUGAGGUGUACACCUGUUAAAAUGAUGGGAUGUAAUGAGGUGUCAUCAUCAUCAUCUUUUGAAAAGUGAUUUGUUGGCUGUGUAUCGGUGAAUGUUGACAUUUGAUAAUGAACAUGAAUGAUAACAUGAAGUUUGUACAGACCUAUGUCAGCUUGAACAAAAUAUAUAUAGUCCGUGGUGAAAGGCAGUAGUUUUCUGCCACAUUGUGGAAUGUAUCUGUUUUUGUGAUAGUCUGGUACAGAACGUUUACACACAUGUAAAAUUAAAAACUUAAACAUUCACUUUUAUUGAUUGUAAAACAUGCCUCAUUUUGUAUCAUAUCAAUUAUCAUCAAUAUCGCAUAACUGUGAUAACAUAUAGCUCUGGACGACCGACAAUUUCUGAUGGCAUGGUCGUCAAUGUUGUGGAACAGAAUAUUUGUUUUAAAACUUCAUGUGUUAAUAUUCAGGAUGUAAAGUAUAGAUAUAUAAAAAUAGACCUAGUUUAUUAUCAAUUACAACAAGGAAGCUGGCAUGUAAUGAUUUAUGAUACUCAAGGGAGAUAAUUUAUUAAGAAAAAGACAUUAUGGUUUCCAGUCGGUGGUAUGUCAUAGCUUUCAGUUAAUAUUAAAUAUGGGUUCUUGAUAAAAUGAAAUGGCAUAGCUCCUUUGUAUUACAUCUAAAAAAUAUAUGUGUGAAUGUUGUUGAAGAAAACAGUUGAGUCACAUUAUGCUAGAGUCCGGGAGUAUAUUGGUAUAGCGUUCCGUCCCUUUCGUUUGUCCAGCAAUCUUCUCCUACUGUACAAUUUUCAAACAAUCUCUUUCCAACUUUGUACACAGUAUGAUCAAUUCGUUUCUUUUAAACUUUGUAGGCUUUGCAAUCUUGAAAUGUGGCUGUGUUUAAAUCCCAAAAAAACAAUUUUGAUUCAACCAUUUUUGCAAAAGGUAUUACCCUUUGUUAUUUACAGUUCUAUUUGAUUUUUUUGAUUUUCCUCCUAUAUGUUAGAUUGAUUUCUUUGAAACUUGAAUGCAUUAGAGUCAUGAUAUAAGGUUAUGUCUCCCCAAAAAAUUACUUUGAUUCAACUAUUUUUUCAAAAGUUAUUGUCAAUUUCCGAUGUUAAAGACUUGAGUGCUUGUUUUGAUCCUCAAACUGUCAGAAAAUUAAAUAUUGACUUUGUAGUGAAAAGUGAGAUUUAUAAAGCAUGCCAGAUAGCCACUCUCGAGGUGAUGUAAAUCUGAUUUUAAUACAAGAUAGCAUAUAACAAUAUAUGGCAUUCAACGGGCAUACAUGUAUAUUGUCCUGUCCUGUGAUACACUUGUUAGAAUAUGAUCCCUCCUUUUGAACACAACAUUAGCAACAUUUCGUACAUAUUUCCAUCUUUCGUCCGUGUUCCGACAUCCAUAUACAACACAUAUAUUAUCCUCAUGUGUGUUCCCACAUCCAUAUACAACACAUAUUAUCCUCCUCGAUACCAGCUCCUUCCACUACACUUCACUGUUAAAAUAAAUGGGUGUGUAAACCUGUCGUUCAUAAACAUCUAUAAAUAUAUGAACAAUUAAAAGAAAAUGAAAACUUUGUUUAAUCACAGGACAGGUCGCAUAUAUCAUAGUAUAUAUCGCUCUUUGGUAAAAUCUAAUGGGGUUGAGUUGACCGCGUUGAACUUGUUACGUCAAAGUUAUGGGACAGUGAAACAGGUUCAUCACUAUAGGGCCUCAUGUGAGAUUUCCAGAAAUAUCAUAAUUUCUCUGAAAUUUAAGUUGCUAUGACAUUUGCACUUCUGUUUUAUGAAGUGGUGUAUUUUUUCAAACUUAAUAUUGUAAAUCAGUUAUCUUCAAGUUUCAGGCCCCCAGGGUUUCAUGAAUCAUAAGUUUGACAUUCCAGCUGUCGUAUAGGAUAUUUUUGUAUUUCUUUUUUAUGCCAACUUUAGAGAAGAAAAAUCUUUCUUUAUUUAUUUGCAUGAAUAUGAAAAUUUUGUUGAUAAUCUUAAUUAUAGUACUAUUAUAUGCGAUCUCAGCUAUCUCAACUGUUGACAUGUUUAUUUAGGUAUCAGCCGUGAUACUGUGGACAUGUUUAUUUAGGUAUCAGCUGUGAUACUGUUGACAUGUUUAUUUAGGUAUCAGCCGUGAUACUGUGGACAUGUUUAUUUAGGUAUCAGCUGUGAUACUGUUGACGUGUUUAUUUAGGUAUCAGCUGUGAUACUGUUGACAUGUUUAUUUAGGUAUCAGCUGUGAUACUGUUGACGUGUUUAUUUAGGUAUCAGCUAUCUCAACUGUUGACAUGUUUAUUUAGGUAUCAGCUGUGAUACUGUUGACAUGUUUAUUUAGGUAUCAGCUGUGAUACUGUUGACAUGUUUAUUUAGGUAUCAGCUGUGAUACUGUGAACAUGUUUAUUUAGGUAUCAGCUGUGAUACUGUUGACAUGUUUAUUUAGGUAUCAGCUGUGAUACUGUUGACAUGUUUAUUUAGGUAUCAGCUGUGAUACUGUGAACAUUGAACUGAUUCCAAACAUCAGUUACUACAACUCUUUUUGUAUAUCUUACAAAAACAUGAAUUAUCAGAUAAUUCAUGCUUAUAAUAUUGUGUCCACUGAGUCUUGAUUAACUGUGUAUGAAAGAUAGUAAUUUAAUGUAAACAUGAUUAAGAAUGAGCCAGUACUUUUUACUGUGGAACCAAAUUACUUUAGGUAACGAUUUAUCCCUCAUAGUUCCUCGUAUUGAGGACCAGAUUCACUGUUUCAUACAAACUGUUAUUCCAUUAGAAAAUGUUGUUUCAGACAUGUUUGGAAAGCUGUCUGUAUGAACAGUUGUUGUGUGACAAUGUUGUUCCAGACAUGUUUGGAAAGCUGUCUGUAUGGAACAGUUGUUGUGUGACAAUGUUGUUCCAGACAUGUUUGGAAAGCUGUCUGUAUGGAACAGUUGUUGUGUGACAAUGUUGUUCCAGACAUGUUUGGAAAGCUGUCUGUAUGGAACAGUUGUUGUGUGACAAUGUUGUUCCAGACAUGUUUGGAAAGCUGUCUGUAUGGAACAGUUGUUGUGUGACAAUGUUGUUCUAGACAUGUUUGGAAAGCUGUCUGUAUGGACAGUUGUUGUGUGACAAUGUUGUUCCAGACAUGUUUGGAAAGCUGUCUGUAUGGAACAGUUGUUGUGUGACAAUGCCUGGUGUGAGAGAGUAUAAAUUAAUUAAAGCUGAUCAAUAAAUCUUUAAACUGUA